AUGGAUGCGUGGGAUCCAUUUUUGGACCCGGCUGAUGAUGGUCUUCCAUGUGUGAAAGAGAUUGUAAAAGUGGAGGUCACUGAUGUGCCGGUGGAUCUUCCUGUGGAUCCCUGGAAUGACAACACCUUCGUGGCCUUAGCCCAAGAAGCUGCACGUGAGGCUGAGGAGCGCUACGAAGCUGCAUUGAAAGCCUUAGAAGCGCAGCAGGCUGCAGACUUGGAAGAAAAAGAAGCCAAAGAAGCUCGUCGACAAAAAUUGGAACGUGAAGCAAGGGAGCUUGCGAAACUCAGCCCUCAGGAGAGAAGAGAGAAACUUCUUGAGAGGCAAGCAUAUGCUGAGAUGGCUUUGGAAGCGAUUGCCCAAUCCCCGGCAAUCGCGAUGCAAAGGAAGUCCAAGCAUCACCGGGACUUGGAGGAGCCAGAGGAGUUGGCCUUUGGAAGAGCUGCGGCAGAGAUCGCUGCGGCGGAGAUGGGUGUGAAGAUCAACUUCAAAAGUAAGGAUGAGGCCACUCGCCCUGUGGCUUUGCUCUUCCCAGAUCAGAACUCCAAGAGUCUCAAGAUGCUCAAGGGUCUUCAGGAGCUGCCAGAGGCCCGACGUUUUAGAGAGACCGCACGGGAGCUUUUGGGCUUUGAUCCUCUGGAUGGCCCUGGCGUCUUGGGUUUCUACGAGCUUCUUCGCGGGCCGGAAGGUUGGCUGGAGCACACGCAGUUCUGUCAGCCUGUGAUGUACGUGGCCCAGGUGGCCGCUGUGGAGAAGCUCCGGGACAAGCGACCCGGUGCUCUGCAGCGGUGCAAAGCCGUGGCGGGGCUCUCACUUGGAGACUAUGCUGCACUGACCUUUGCUGGCGUGUGGGACUUUGAGACAGGUCUUCGUGCCACCCAGCUGCGGGGUGAGCUCAUGGAGGCAGCCAUUGCCACGAUACCUCAAGCUGCAGUGGCUGUUGCUGGCUUGACAGAGGAACGCAUCAGUCAGCUCUGUGAAGAAUGUCGAGAGUCUUCUAUUUGUGAGAUCGCUCAGCGACUCUUUCCCCAAGGUUAUGUUUGCUCCGGCUCUUUGGAAGCAAUCGAAAGACUGAUGGAUCGUGCGAGGAGAAGUCAAGGUUGCAAGCAGGUGCAGCUGCUGAAGCUUGCUGGCGCUUGUCACACCAGAUUGAUGGCGUCUGCCAGAGAAGAGUUGUUUGAGUUCCUUCAAAGCUUCAAAAGCCAUAUGCGCCCACCAAGGAUUGACGUGUAUUUGAGCUGCGGAACAAAGGUUCCCGCCGGCAGCUCCAUCGACAGCUUGCCAGAGCUUCUGGCGGAUCAGCUGAGGAGUCCAGCAAACUGGGUGGACUCGAUUGCCCAGAUGCUGCAGGAUGGUUGUGGUGAGUUCUAUGAAUGUGGACCGUUGAACCAGCUGAAGUGUAUCAUGAAGCGCAUCGAUGCCAAGGCCCACAAGGCCACUGUAUCGUUGGACGUGUACAGUGAGGAGUCGCAGAUGAAGCCGUCUGGAAGUUUGCCACCACGCUGGGCUGAAGGUUCUGCAGGUUGUCUCAGCUGA